GGAAGUAUAGCCAAGUCUCCACGACAACAGCAAAGUAGAAGCACAAGCAAUGAGAGACCUUAUCGUGCUAGGCGGGUCGUCGCACCCACAGCUCACACGCAGCAUCUGCCGUAACCUUACGAUCGAACAGGGCGCUGUGAAGUCCAUAAAGUUCUCCAACGGGGAGACUUCCAUCGAGGUCAAGGACUCGGUCCGUGAGAAGGAUGUCUUCAUCGUGCAGUCCGGGUGCGGGGACGUCAAUGACACCUUCAUCGAGUUGUUGAUCAUGAUCGCCGCCUGUAAGACGGCCAGUGCUCGCAGGGUCACCGCCGUGUUGCCUUUGUUCCCGUACUCCCGUCAGCCAGACGUCCCCCAUGCUGCCACCCUGACUGGAGCCCCCAGUGUCAGCGUGACCAAGGACAAGUAUACCUACGAGAGCGCCCCGGGAACACCCCGUCCGUUAACUCCGGUGGGAACUACCGGGUCAGGACCAGCGGUUCCUGGACUUUCCUUGGCUGGAGGCGCUGCCUCCACUGCCACUCCAAAGAGACUCUUCCAACCAGUGGCCAAGACUUCUGCCAUGGGAAGCAGCAGUAUUAGUAGCAGUGGCAGUAACACUGCCGAGCAACCGGUGGCUGAAAGCGGCUACAAGCAAUGGAUUGCCCAGAAUGGGACCCUUAUUGCCAACCUCUUAACCACCGCCGGGGCUGACCGUUGUAUCACUAUGGACUUGCACGACCCGCAAUUCCAAGGGUUCUUCGAUAUCCCUGUGGACAACUUGUACUCGAGACCACUUCUCAAGCACUACAUCACCGACUACAUCCCUGACUACAAGGAGUGUGUCAUUGUGUCUCCUGACAGUGGUGGGGCCAAGCGUGCCACGUCCAUUGCCGACGCCUUGGGCUGUUCGUUUGCAUUGAUUCACAAGGAAAGACGCCAAGCCAGAGCUGGUUCCGGUACUGCUUCUUCCGUUGCCGGUGCUGCUGCCACUUCUUCGAGUGCCGGUGCAUCGUUUGUGGCGCUCCCAACGGCAGUAGCCAUGUCUCCAUCUAUUUCCGCCCCUAGUGCUUCAGCUCCUUCGCACAUGGCGGCCACCACCAUGCUUGUUGGUGACGUCAAGGACCGGGUGUGUGUUCUUGUUGACGAUCUUGUCGACACCCUGUACACCAUCACCCGUGCUGCGAAGCUCUUGAAAGACCAGGGCGCCAAGUACGUGUAUGCGUUGGUGACCCAUCUGAUCUUGAGUGGCGAUGCCGUCAACCGUCUUGCCCGGCUGUCGAUCGACAAGGUGAUCACCACCAACUCCGUUCCUCAAAGCGACCAUGUGGCCGCCCUUGGCGCGGACAAGAUGGAGGUCUUGGACGUGUCGCGGAUCUUGGCGGAGUCUAUCAGAAGAAUCCACAAUGGGGAAUCGGUCUCGAUGUUGUUUGACCAUGGUUGGUGA